AUGGAUGCCAAAGAAAUCGAGACCAAGGCCAAGGCCCUGACCAAGGCAGCCGCGGCAGAUGAGCCAACCUCCACGAUGAUCGGGAUGCUGAAGGAACUGCAAACAGGAGUGCGCGCAUCAGAAAGCCUCUUACGAUCGACUCGCAUCGGUAUCAUAGUCAACAAGCUCAAAACAUCAAAAACCCCCGAAGUCGCGCGACUAGCUAGCGAGAUCGUUUCGAGAUGGCGCACCGAAGUCAACAAGCAAAAGCAAGCCGGUGGAUCAGCAGCCAGUCGAGCCUCCAGCUCUCCUCGUCCGGCUCAAAACGGCAGCACCGGCGCAUCCACACCCGCAGGGACUACCCCGACUGAUAAGACAUCGAAGCUGUCCGUUCCACCAGACAAGCGCACAUGGAAGGCGGAUAAGGUGGACACCAACGUAACCACGAGCAAGGUCCGCGACAGCUGCAUCGGUCUUAUGUAUGACGGUCUGUGUCUGGGGUCGACCGAGUCGCCUAAGGAUGUUUUGAAAAAGGCCAUUUCUGUGGAGGGCGCUGCAUACGAUGCUCUCGGACCAGAUACCAAGGAGGCAUAUCGCACGAAGAUGCGCAGUCUGUUCCAGAACUUGAAAAACAAGAACAAUGUCAGCCUGCGGAAGCGCGUACUUGAAGGCGACAUCAAGCCUGAUUAUUUUAUUCGCAUGACGUCCGAUGAACUGCGCUCUGAUGCGCAACGUGAGGCGGAUGAGAAGAUCAAAAAGAUGAAUAUGAACAACGCCAUGGUUGCUCAGGGCGAGAAGUCGAUCAGUACCAGUUUGCAGUGCGGCAAGUGCGGCCAGCGAAAGGUCACCUACACCGAAGCCCAGACUCGCGCUGCUGAUGAACCGAUGACUUUGUUCUGCACGUGCUUGAAUUGCGGCAAGUCCUGGAAGCAGUGA